AUGGAUUGUGUUAAGUGUGCACGUAAGGGUAUCAAGUACCGUUGCAUUGGCUGUAAAUCGCCCAUUUGCAAUGUAUGCUCAACACCUUGUACAGAGGAAACGCCAGGGUAUUCUGAGGAAGCCUAUUGUGUUGGAAAAUUUGACGAGUGUCAGCAUGGCCGUAAGCGAAAGCUCCCUGACCUUCCCACGGCAGCAAAGUCUCAACAAUCCAGCCUCUCUUUUUAUUUUACCAAGAAAACAAAAACACCUGUACCAACAACGGAGACACCCGUAAAUACACAACAGCAGCUACACUACGAUUGCAAUCCAUCAAGAGCCUCGACAGAAACAAGAGAUCGCCCUUCAACAGCUGUGUCAUCCACUCCAUCUGCUAAGAAAACAAGGGCCCUAACUGUAGCAGCAGCAAAUCGUUGGAAAACAACAUCCUUGGCUGAACACUUAGGAAGUGAGUGGCUCGUAAUAAAUGCUGACAAGGGAGAUCACGUCGUCAAUUUAAAUUGUUCUGUGUGCGAAACUCAUGCUGGCAAGUUAAAAGGUAUGAAGAACUUUUCGACAGUCUGGGCUUUCACUGGAUCAACCAACCUUCGCGUAAGUAAUGGCGAAGAUCAUGCACGGGGUGAGCCUCACAAAAGGGCAUUAGACUUGCACUUAAAAGGCAACAAAGGGCAGAGUGCUUUUGAAAGGGCUGAGGCUAUGAAAGCUUCCAACGAUGCAGGGCAGCAACUCAUCACAUGUGGUAUCAAAAACAUGCAAUCAGCCGAUUUGGAAAGACGAAAUUAAAAUUUGAAACUGCGUAUUUCAUAGCAAAAGAGGAACUGCCACUUUUAAAAUACUCGCAAAUUUUAAAGCUGGAGGAAAAGCAUGGUGCUGACAUUGAGAGAGCAUAUCGGAAUAGACAGAGUGGCACCACUUUCAUCAACUACAUUGGAGACGAACUCGGUUAAAGAUUAGAGGAGAAGAUAUCUGGUGUCAAUUUCUUUAGUGUUCUGACGGACGGCUCUGAGGAUGCUUCAGUUUCAGAGAAAGAAGCCAUUUUCGUCCAGUACCUGGAGCAAAAUCCCCCUGGAAAAGAUAGAAUUGAAGUUGUUACUGCAUUUCUCAGGUUGGUACACAUGCAUUCUCGAAACACUUUAUAUAUUUACAAAAGUUAAACUGUCAUUAAUUUUAGUAUUCCUAUUUGGUAUUUCUGUGGCUGUGCAAUGUGUAAAAAGCAAAAGUAAGUGACUAAAAUUACUUAAGUUCAUCUGCAUUUCAAGGUAUUGUGAACAACAGCUAUCCACCAAGCGUUCACAGCCUGGAUUAUUAUUUUGAGGACAUCAAGAAAAUUUGCACUUUUGACGUCAUGAUAAACAAUAUCAAACAAAUCUACACAAAUAUAAAACAGUGCAACAUACAGAGUUUUUAAAUGCAAUAUUCCUCAUAGGGGCUUAAAAAUCAUUUCACAUGUAGAAAUCUGCAUGUAUGUUCUUUUCACAUGAAAGUGCUGUAUAAAGCUACGCAAUUUGUUUAAAUAAACGGAAGAACAAAAUUUAUUUAUUCACACAAGUCAGUGGAUUUCUCAGUCUGAGCAGGAGAAAUUUAAAUAGUUUAAUUGUACCUAUCAGAAGCGUGUAUGACAUUUUUGCACACACCACUAAUUUCUAAGACGUCUCUUUCGCGUGGUCUGUGUUCUCGUGCUAGUACACGUUGGGUGAGCUAAACUAUAUUUCACUGACUUUAGUGACACACCCCCAGGUUGGCAGAUUUGAAACAUGGCAGUGCAACGGGCAUUGUAAGUUGCAUCAAAGACAGCUUCCAGGCCAUUAA